AUGGUGUUGUUCCUCGACUUGCUCUUGUUCUUGCUCGCCGGCGCCUCGCUGGUCGUCGGACAGUUCAACUGCACACAAGCCAACACGGCAUUCUGUGCCACCCCGGUGUCCGGCGUGACCAACGACAAUAUCAUUUUCCGGUGCUUCUACGACACGGGCAGCGCGUCCCCGGGCAAUUGCAACGACGACCUCGCCGACGUCCCGCCCGUCGGGCUCAAGUACGCCUAUUGCUGGGAGUCGUCCCCGACCGCUGGCGACGCGCAGUGCACAUUCAACUGUGUGGCCGUGACGGCUGCCAACGGCACGACGUUCUAUCCGGUGGGCUGCAAUGGGACGGACUCGACAACUACAACAAGCACGACGGCUCUUUCGAGCACGGGGACUCCCUCAUCAAGCUCGUUAAGCUCUUUCGGGCCGAGCCCCUCCCAGACCGGCUCGGCGACCUCAUCGGCGACCUCAUCGGCGGCUACGUCGCAGUCUACCUCCAAUGCAGCAAUGAAAUUGGACGGUGCAAGUGUAUGGCGAGUCCUCGCGAUGGUGGGGGGAUUCCUGGUUGUUUAG